ACGGAAUACCAAACAAAUCUUAACCAGAAGAGGUUCUUUAAUCAAUUAGAAUUAGUAAAUAAUUAUAGCAUAUAAAUAAAAGAGUUUCUAAUUAUGAACAUUUUCUCUACAUGAUGACAUAAGGCAGACAAAAACUUCAUUUCUUACCUUAAACAACGUGCAGAGCUUCACGUCUCUCUCAUUGUCAGCUCCUUCAGGACUCUAAAGCUUAAUGCAACUGUUGGAUUUGCUUUGAGUUUCUUCUCAUGGUGAAAAUUUAAUAUUCGAGCAGGAUACUUUAAAAUAAUUUCUGUCCUCUGCUGCCCAGGAAUGCUGAUGACAACCUCGGGGCAUUGUCAUUUACCAUGUGUUUGUAAUUGGCUCUGAAGCUAAUUUCCAUCAUGAAUUCAACAUCAGAUCAUCUCACACAAAAAUUUGGAAGAAUCAACAGCUCAAGGUUUUCUGGUAGUUCAGAUAUUUUUGAACCAACUAUAACACGCAUCAAUAGCAUUGAGACAAAGCAGCAAACAUUGAUAGAGUGGAUAAAUGGUAUUCUCCCUAGUUUCAAUUUGCCAUCAAAAGCUUCAACUGAGGAGUUAAGAGCCUCCUUGAUUGAUGGAACUGUUCUACUUCAAAUUCUAAACAAGCUUAGACCCGGUUCUGUGACUGAGGGGGGUGGCUCAGAUCAUUCUUCAUCAUCACGUUCGGAAAAUGUUAAAAAGUUUUUGGCAAAUAUGGAUGAACUGGCGAUCCCCCGAUUUGAAAUAUCAGACCUAGAGAAGGGAUCAAUGAAGACAGUAACAGAUUGCCUUCUGACUCUUAGAGCACAAUCUGGGCAUGCAGGAGAUAAUUUAUCCACCACUAGCGCAAGUACAAAAGGUGGAAGUCCUCAUGGACCUACUUCUCCAAGAUCUGCAGAAGAAAAGCAGAAGAUUUCGCCAGAGUCAAAGUUCCAACUAGCUUCGCGGAGUUCUUUGAUGACAGAUACACCAACUGCAUUGAUGCAUCAUGUUGGACAUAAAUUCCAUGAGGUGUUUCAGUUGAAACAAGGGCGCUAUGCAGAUCUUUCUGCUGCAAAGAUUUCAGAGAUGAUGAAAUCCAACAGUUUGGAUAAUGCCCCAACUCAGUCUCUUUUGAGUGUUGUGAACGGAAUUCUGGAUGAAAGCAUUGAAAGAAAGAAUGGAGAAAUACCCCAUCGUGUAGCUUGCCUUUUGAGAAAAGUUGUACAGGAGAUUGAACGACGUAUAUCAACUCAAGCAGAGCACUUAAGAACUCAAAACAACCUGUUCAAGGCUCGUGAGGAGAAGUUCCAGUCAAGAAUCAGAGUGCUUGAAGCCCUUGCUUCUGGGAAUGGUGAAGAGACUGGGUUUUCUGCUGGCCAGCUUCGACAAAUAAAGCUCGAUCUCCUUUGCUCUUUUCUUAUUGACACUUCUACCAGUCUGCCAAUAACAUGUAGCGAGAAGUCCAAAACGGAUGAAAAGAAGAAAUUUGAAGAGGAAGAUGUGAUGAGAUUGAUGAAAGAGAAGGAGCAAACUGAUCUUGAAUUUUCAAUGCUGAAGAGAGAACUGGAAAUAGCCAAAAAAGCACUUGAGCUUGAGAAGUCCAAAAUGGAUGAGAAAAGGAAACUUGGGGAUGAAGAUCUGACAAGAUUGAUGAAAGAGAAAGAGGAAACAGAUCUUGCACUUUCAUCACUGAAGCAAGAAUUACAGAUAACCAAAAAGACACUCGAACUUGAGAAGUCUAAAAUGAAUGAGGAAAUGAAAAAUGGAGGUGACGAUGUAUUAAGAUUGAUGAAAGAGAAGGAGCAAACAAACAUUGAACUCUCAAUGUUGAAGCGAGAAUUAGAAAUAGCCAAUAGGACACAUGAACAUGAGAAGUCCAAAAUAUACGAGAAAAGAAAAACUGAGGAGGAAGAUGCCAUUAAAUUGGAGAAAGAGAAGGAGCGAAUAAAUGUCGAACUAUCAGCACUAAAGCAAGAACUUAAAAUAGCGAAAGAGAAACAUGAACUUCAUUGCUUGCAAAUGGAAAAAGAUGCUAAGGAUGUUAGAGAAGAGCUUGAGGCAAGGAUAAAAGAGCUUGGGAGCCUCUUGGAAGAUUCAAGGAGCAAGGUGAAAGUGCUUGAGGUAUAUUCCGAGUCAAAACAACAGCUGUGGAAAAAGAAAGAACUCAUUUUCCAGAAUUUGGUGGAGUUUCAGUUAGGUGCAUUGCAGGAAUUGAGGUUGUCUUCAGAUGGCAUCAAGCGUGAAAUCUUGAGAACACAAAGGAGCUACUCGGAGGAUUUUAAUUCCCUAGGGUUAAAAUUUAGAGCAUUAGUUGAUGCAAGUGAGAACUAUCAUUUAGUUCUUGCUGAAAAUCGGAAAAUGUUCAAUGAGUUGCAGGAUUUAAAAGGAAACAUCAGAGUUUAUUGUCGGAUAAGGCCAUUGCUGAAAGAGCAUGCUGGGAAAAACACAACAAUAGAGCAUAUUGGCGAAAAUGGAGAGCUGAUUGUUGCAAAUCCCUCCAAACAAGGGAAGGAUGGCCAUCGAUUAUUUAGGUUUAAUAUAGUCUAUGGUUCCGAUUCUACUCAAGCGGAGGUAUUUUCAGACACUCAGCCUUUGAUACGCUCCGUUCUUGAUGGAUAUAAUGUUUGUAUAUUUGCUUAUGGACAGACUGGUUCGGGGAAAACCUACACGAUGACUGGUCCUGAUGGAGCAACUGAAGAAGAAUGGGGGGUCAACUAUCGAGCUCUCAAUGAUCUUUUCAACAUCUCACAGAGAAGGAGCACCUCCUUUAUGUAUGAAGUUGGGGUGCAAAUGUUUGAAAUAUAUAACGAACAAUUGCGUGAUUUACUAGCAAAUGAUGGUUCACAGAAAAGACUAGGGAUUAAGACUAUUCCCCAACCUAAUGGGUUAGCUGUACCUGAUGCAAUCUUGCAUCCUGUGACAUCAACUUCAGAUGUCAUACAAUUAAUGGAAAUUGGACUAAACAACAGAGCUGUUGGUGCCACUGCAUUGAAUGAAAGAAGCAGUCGAUCUCACAGUGUUGUCAGUAUUCAUGUUCGUGGAAAGGACUUGAAAACUGGUUCCAAUUUGCAAGGUAAUCUUCAUUUGGUGGAUCUAGCAGGAAGUGAAAGGGUGGAUCGCUCAGAGGUAACAGGAGACAGACUUAAAGAAGCACAACAUAUAAACAAAUCCUUAUCUGCCCUUGGAGAUGUCAUUUUUGCUCUUGCACAAAAGAGUUCACACAUACCCUAUAGAAAUAGCAAGCUUACUCAACUCCUUCAAUCCUCUCUAGGAGGUCAAGCGAAGACACUUAUGUUUGUGCAGCUUAAUCCUGAUGUAACUUCAUAUUCUGAAACUAUGAGUACCUUGAAGUUUGCAGAGAGAGUCUCUGGAGUUGAGCUGGGGGCAGCAAAAAGCAGUAAAGAUGGCAAUGUUAGAGAAUUAAUGGAGCAGGUGGCGUCUCUUAAAGAUACAAUUGCAAAGAAAGAUGGGGAGAUUGAGCGGCUGCAAUUGCUCAAAGAUCUAAAAAAUGCAUAUCCUGGUGUAAAUGGAGACAAGCAAGGAACAGGUCUGUCAAAGUAUGCAUAUUCAGAAUACAGUGACAAGCAUCCUGAAACUGAUCUCCACUCCCAACAGUCCAUGGAAGAUAUAAAACAAGAAAAUAGAUUUCACAGGCAAUUAAAAUUCUCUAGGGGAGACACAAACAAGGAUGUCGCAGCAGCAGAUGUUGAACUAUUAGGAUAUAGCGAUGGAGAUCGGGAUGAUAGAUCGAGUGAUUUUUCUGAUGGCGGUCUUUCUGAUGGAUUAACAGAUGAAAGCACAAAACUGUCUGAUAGAUCGGAGAAGACUAGAGUGGCGUCUAGGGUUCGGAGCCUACAAAAAUUGGGGCAAACUACAACAACAGCCUCAAGAGAGUCGCUUAGAGGGUCAACAAGUGUCAAGAAAACUGCUAGUUCCAGCUCCCUUGGAGCCAGGCCUCCUAGGCGAUGGCAGUAAAUUAGAAACCACAAAUCAAAAUUCUUUUUAGUGUCAAUACAACCAUAUUCUUUAUUUCAGGUUGUUAACUUGUUCAUUGAUUUUGCAGUGUCAUUUAGUCUUAUUUGUCAUAGAUGGACAUAGGCUGUGUUUAGACAAGUUUCCAAUGGCUUAAAUGUCAUGGUGGGCAGUUUUGUAAUAGUUGAAAUCAAAAAUAACCAUGUAGUAGUUGCCAGGGUUGUACUUGUAUAUUUCCUCUGGAAUUCAGGCUGUAAUUACUUGUUGAUUUAUUGAAGUACGUAAAUAUAUGUACAUUUAUUAAAGGG